UUGCAAAUUAUGGAUUUAAUCGAUAAUAUUAUUAAAGGACACAAUAUUCUUCUUUAUGAUUAUAAUGAAUUCACCGACUUUGUAGAAAUUGGAGAAGUUGCCCUAAAGAGCUUAAAGAAAGAGCUAAGCAAAGAAUUCGUCAGAGGAUUCGUUAAAGAGCAUUCAAAGAACGUGCUGGUUCACGAUGAGACAAUGUUAAUAGCUGAUUUUGGCAUAUCAAAAUGGGUAAAUGGACCUGAUGACACACCAGAAGAAUAUAUUCGACUGUACACACGUUGUUGGGAUAAGAAUUCAGAGGAACGUCCGACAAGUCAAGAGGUUUUUGAUAUCUUGAGUGAAAUGAUGUCGGAAGGGACGGACAUAGAUUCAAGUGAUAAUGUAUCAAUAUCUGAGACUUCCGAUUCAGUUAUAAACGUCAGCAUCAAUCCUCCUUCAUUAAGUUCUGCUGAGGACAGUUUAUCAAGUAAAGGAAUUAAAACUCCUGAUGAGGAUAGUUUAUUAGAUGUGUUAAAUUCAUCGGUUUUAAUUAGAUUAGACCAUUUUGCUGUUAUUUCUACCUGGAUUGAUAAAUAUCCGGUUAAGUAUAUUCCAAAAUUCUUUCGUUCUAAAAAGGUCUACACAACCGAGAAUUUUCCUUACAUAUUUGAGUUACUCGUUCGUGGAAGUCGGGAUGGGUUUACACCAGAAGUCUUCCACCAAAAGUGUGAUAACAAAGGUCCCACUUUAACGGUUUUAAAAGUAAAAGAGUCGGGAGAAAUUCUAGGAGGUUUUAAUCCCUUUAGCUGGGAAUCACCGCCCGAGUCAAAUUAUUACUAUACGAAAAAGAGUUUUAUUUUCAGAAUAGACCUUCACAAUGCGAGAAAUUCGAUAAUUAGUAGGGCAAAAAACCAUGAAUCAAUUAAAUCAGGAAAACAUUACGGUCCAUAUUUUCGAGGUGAUCUAAGCAUGGAGGGAAACUUUAGAGAUGAUU